AGCAGCUUCGUCGGAUGACGUGACGAGGCGGAGGAAAAUGAAUUUCGAAAUUUCUGCGCGAUUACGAAUAGGCGCGGAUCUGAUCGGGCGUCCGUAAGGUAGUUCCUCGUUGAGAUUAAUCUGCUUCCAUUCGUUUAUUACCGAGCAGUAGACUGCUCAACGAUCGUUUAACGCAGCGAACUAUACGGAGCCCAUCCAUUUAUCCAAUUGAACCGCAUCUGAAACGUGUCACACCGUCGAAAGGGUUCAAAUUAUAGCCGAUGCUGGCGGCUACUUGAGAAAUCAUUGAACUCCAUGACUGCCGAGCGUUUCGCUUCAUCCACGAUCAGACGAAAGGAUAUGCGAAUGGAAUUAUUCAGGGCGGAGCAAUUCAAUCGUUUCACUGACAAUGAAAUCAAAGCUGGGUGAUGAGAAAAGGUAAAAAUUUUCCGUUCCUCUGUCUUUUUCCAUUUCGAUCGUAAUCGGGGUGAAGAAAUUCGUGCAGAUUCUACGGUUUAUGCGGAAAGCUUGGAAAAUGAGUGUGCGAGCGUGACUCGUAAAUCAGUAUCACUACUGACGUGGCGUUUGUCAAACUCAGUCAAAUGAUAGUUAUUUCUAAACGAGGUGGAAUAAUGAAUACUCCGGGGGUGACGAACCGUAUUUGUUUAGACGUAUUUAUUUGUUCUGUACAAUACCAGAGCGAAUUCAGUUGACGUGACGAGGGAGUUCUCGCGGGCAUACAAGAAGAGCUGCAGUGGAGGGGUGGCAGGAUACCGUAAUUGUGGUGUUGAUUCGAAAAAAGAGGAUAAGUUGGAAAUAAAAGAAAAACCUGAAAGACAACCGAUUCGAUUCACCCAAGAAAUCACUAGGGAGGAUUUAGCACCGGACGGAGGAUGGGGAUACAUGGUUGCCUUCGCGACCGUCUUGUCAUACACCAUGAGCCUGUGUCAGGGAACGUCCUUCGGUCUGUUGUACGGUGGUUUUUUGAACGAGGGGGGAAACGGAGGAAAGGGCUUGGCAUUUUUGAACUUAAUGUUUAUGUUGAGUUUUUCGCUUACCGGUCUCUUAUGCAACCUGUUGCUGAAACAUUACAAAAUGAGAACAGUGGGUCUGAUCGGCUCUCUGAUUUAUUUUAUUGCCAAUAGCGGAUGCGCUCUGGUUCCAAAUGUAUUUUGGCUGGGAAUUCUAUUUUUCGUACAGGGAUUCGGGAUCGGCUUAAUGCUCAGCGUUUGUAAUCUCAGCUUUAACGCUUACUUCGUAAAAAAAAGAGCGAAGGUGAACAGUGUGUGCCAAGCGUUGGUCGGACUCGGAGGAGUAAUGUAUCCGUAUUUAACCGAGGUCUUGAUGGCUACCUACGGGUUUCGAGGUUGCGCGGCGAUUCUCGGAGCUUUAAGCUCGCACACCGUCUUCGGUAUGUUAAUCAUGCAGCCGGUGGAAUGGCAUUAUAAAAAAUUGCAGAUUAUCGUACACAAAUCCAGUGUAAACGAAGAAGUUGAUAAGAGCGUUACGAACAGUAACACCUAUCUCGGAAUUCCUGAUAAAAACGACGAAUGGGUCGACAGCAAUCCGCUGAACGUUGAAUCCGGCUGGGAGAAAAAUCGGAGCAUCCCAAAUCUCAGGGGUGAAAUGGAGAACGUGACUCCUCUGCUGGUCGAUUCUUUGAAGCGUUCUCAAGGUCGUACCGGUUCCGGCGAUAACUUCAACACGGAGCUGAGACAAAGGUCGUUGAAAAGGUCGAGCUUGGAUUAUUUCGCAAACAGAAUCUCCGCGCUGACGGCGACGAGCGUUUCCAGCGUCAGCGGAAUCGGGACACCCGGAGAAUUUCGCUUAACCGCAGAUCCGGAACCGAACAAAAAUGUACCGAUUAAAAAGACCGUGAGGUCGAUUCUCGGAGAUUUCUUCGAGGUCUCGUUACUACGCGAUCCGAUAUUCUGCAACAUCAACAUCGGAAUGAGCAUGGUGUUUCUGUGCGACAUCAAUUUUACCGGUUUUCUGCCGAUGCUGUUGACCGACGUGGGUUACACCAGCGUAGAGAUUGCGAUGGUUCUUACCGCCUACUCCAUCGCUGAUGUAAUAGGAAAAAUAUUGCUCGCAGUAUUCACAUCGUUCGUCAGGAUAAAAGCUAGAUAUAUUUUUCUAUUCGCAACGUAUUGCCUCUUCGUCAUCAGAUUCGUAUUCUUCUACUGCACUACUCGGCUCAGUAGAUUCGUGGUCAUCACUCUUUCCGGCGUAGCGCGAGCCUGGUUCUCGUCACCUCAGGGUUUGGUUAUCGCCGAAUAUUGCAGCUUCGAUAAAAUAGCCGCAGGAUAUGGUCUGUUCACCACGAUCAAUGGUGCCAUUUCGUUAAUCUUACUGCCGGUGAUCGGAUUCGUCAAAGAUUACACAAACAGCUACGACGUUCUGCAAUGCAUGUUCCAGGGAGUGAUGUUAAUAUGUUUGAUACCUUGGACGAUCGAAAUAUUUUUUACCGAGGUUGUUCACGCGAAGAAGAAGAAAUCCAAAUCAACCUCGGAUGGAACCUGAUGCCUGUUGUUCUUGUUGUUAACGUUCAGCUCCUGAUCAAUGUUAUAUUAUACGUAGCGUUUAUUACCAGUUAUUUUCGAUUUAUGUUUCCAUCUACAUUGGUAAUGAUGAAUAUGUGAUUAUAUUUUUUUGUUUUGA